AUGGAGGAAGCUUUUCGCUUGGCUUUGUGUGUGAUGAUGGGUCUGCUGCUCCUGCGGGGAUCGCGCCUGGCAGGAGCUAUCGAGACUGGAAACGCUGUCAGUAAGGGCGGCGAUGAGGAAGGACAAGGGGCAACAGAUCCUCAGACGCUGACUGUCACAACAAUCCUGCAAGACCCCUAUGCGAUGGCAAGAAGCACAGAGCUGGAGGGCUACUGCCUGGAUCUGCUGGACAAGCUUGCCAAGAUGCUGCACUUCAACUACAAGGUGACGAUAGUGAAAGAUGGCCGCUACGGGGCGGUCUCCGGCGGGAACUGGACCGGGAUGGUCGGCGAGAUCAUCAGACAGGAAGCAGACCUCGCUGUGGCUCCCUUGACGAUCACGUCCGCGAGGGACGAGGUGAUUUCCUUCACCAUGCCAUUCCUGGCCACGGGGAUUGGGAUCCUGCUCAGGAAGGACGCUGCCUCCCAGGGUGCCUCUCUCUUCGGCUUCCUCGCUCCCUUCAGUAAGGAGACCUGGACUGGCGUGAUGGUUGCUUACCUGCUGACCUGCCUCUGCCUGUUUCUUGCAGCCAGGCUGAGCCCCUGUGAAUGGAAGGACCCCAAGAGUGAGGAGAACCACUUCACCUUUCUGAACAGCCUCUGGUUUGGAGCGGGAGCUCUUACCCUGCAAGGUGCCGCGCCUUAUCCCAAAGCACUGUCCGGGCGAAUCAUCGCUGCCAUCUGGUGGCUGUUCACCAUCUCUCUGCUGGCGGCCUACAUUGCCAAUUUCACCGCCUUGCUGCGCUCUGGGAACGAGCCGCUCCCGAUCCAGACUUUUGAAGAUCUCGUGAAGCAGAGAGAGAUCGAGUUUGGGACAAUAGAAAGUUCCUCCACGUUUCGGUUCUUUAAGAACUCCAGGAAUCCCAUCCAUCAGAUGAUCUACGAGUACAUGGACAAGAGGAGAGACUAUGUGUUAGUCAAAAACUACCACGAGGCGGUUCAGCGUGUGCUGGAAUCGAAUUACGCCUUCAUCGGGGAAUCCAUAUCCCAAGACUUUCUGGCAGCCAGGCACUGCAAUUUGAUCAGGGCCCCCGAGGUCGUUGGAGCGAGGGGACUCGGCAUUGCUACAGCAAAGGGAUCACCAUGGGCCAAUAAACUCUCCCUUGCUGUCCUGAAACUGGGCGAAUCAGGCGACCUGGACUACCUGCGUAACAAGUGGUGGGAGACCACCUGUUUCCAUAAGGGCUCGGACACAUGGAGUCCUCUGAAACCCCAAGCCAUGGGUGGACUUUUCCUGGUUCUUGCGAUCGGCCUCGCCCUGGGAGUGAUUGUGGCUUUGGUGGAGUUGUCAAACAAGAGCCGACAUGCUGCUGAACGGGAGAAGAAAUCUUGCUGCUCUGUUCUCAUGGAGGAGAUGAGUCAUCGGUUCAGAAUAAAAGAAGGUGCAAGAGAGAAUCCAGAAAAGGUUAAACCAUAA